UAAUUUUAGCAUCACCAGAGUGCAUUCAGCGAGCAUGGCAUGGCAUGGUGCUUGGCAUGGCAUGGCUGUGGAUCCUAGCCAUAGGUGCAGGAACAUUCAGCGGUACUUCCGCGGCGUUCGAGGAGUUCUUCUCCGCCGAGCGCUGUGGCCAAUUGAGCUUCGAUCAGAACAGUUUGCCACCCAGUGGCUCUUCCUUGACCGUCCCAGGUGCUGCUCAAGGAUGCUCGCUGUCCUGCUUUACCUGAGCGGCUGUAAGAUGAUGCAAGUGUGCGAAUGGCGGGAGCUCAUCUACGAACCUUUCAUUCACUGGAGCAGGCAUGGCGGCCACAUCCACCGCACCACUCGGGACAUGGCCCUCCUGUUGCGCAACGCCCUCAUGCGCGGCCGGGGGCAGAUCGAAGGAGAUGCGGGCUGCUUCUGCGUGUUCCUCUUCGCUGUUUUGGUGAGGGCCAGCUCAGACAUUGCCUUCGUCGGAAAGACCUUGGGGUCGUCUUAUGACGUUCAGUAUGCUGCUGCCCAUGAUGUUAUGGCCUACUUCUCGCACAUGAUCGCAAGGACCGCUGCCAACCCCCUCAGCUCCUCUUGGCCUCUCCAACACGCCUGGCUUCGGACACUGGAGACCUUCCGUGCCGUGGCAGCCGCGCAGCCGUCCGAGCAUGGCAUCGCCGCUCGCUGCGAGUGUCAGGAGCCCGAGGGCUUUUUGACGCCAGUGCUGAAGUUGCUGGAAAGCAUGGAGCCCUCCAAUUGGGCGGUGGCUGAUUGGACCAGCUUCCUCGACUUGGACGAUGUCCGGCUUCCACCGCUAAUGCAGAAGAGUUGCGCCCACGAGACAACGUGUUCCGACGUGCAAGUGAUAACGCACUUGCUGUGCGCAGAGCAUUUCCUGCUCACGGGCGAUGCUGCGAAAGCCCUUCACAAGCGCAGCAGGGCUGCUGCGGUGGCACUCUUUGCGCCCCAUUGCCACCGAGCGCUGCGAGCCAUCGGCUCGGUGGAAGAUAUCGUCUACAACGCUGCGUUGGGCAUCACCGAGGCCAACAAUAAGAUGACCUCGGCUUAUCUCCAUCGAGCCCUCGUUUGGAGGCCUAUGCCCGCGCGCUUUGUUGUACAGCCACGGCUGGUUCCCACUCACUUCGAUGCACCGAGCGCGGGCGGCUCGGGCGGCGGACCAGCGCGCUUGGCCUUGUUCGCGACGCUCGUGAACACACAGGACCACUACAAGGAGCAAAACUUUGUGCUGGAUGCCAUGCGUUUGAAGUGCUCUGCCGAUCGCCUCGGAAGGCAACUGCCCUUCCAUUUGAUUUAUGGUGGUGGCUUGAUGGAGUCCGAGUUGAGUCUGCUGAUGCGAUUUGGAUUCAUCAUUGAGGACUACUCCAAAGAGGUUGACUUCAUCAAGAGCAAAUGUUGCAAGCAGUGUGAUGGACGCCGCGAUGGCUGGGCCACGGUCUUCAAGUUGUUUGCUUGGAAGGCCUUGGCCUAUGAUUUGGUGCUGCAUGUGGAUUUGGAUGUUUGCUUCGCCGGCCGCUCGCCGGCGGCUGCCAUGGAGGAAUUGAAGGAAGCGAACGUGAGCUUCCUCAGUGACCCGAACCCCUCAGGCCCUGGCUGGCAUUCGCAUAUUUUUGCCUUGAAGCCUUCCCUGGAGAAGUUCAAGGAGAUCGUGGACUUCACCAUGGGGCAUCCGCGCUUCUACUGCUCCGAGCAAGAUCGCCUGCACGACAUGUUUGACGUGAGCUUCGCUCGUGCUGGAGGGAUGAGCCAGGCUGUUCCACAUCAGCCGAUUUGCGAGGACUUCCCCAUCAAUCCGUACUGUCUGGAAGGAACGCCAGAGAGACACCAGGAGCUCAGUUGGUGGGAUUGUGAUCGCUUCUGGCAGCACUGUGUGGACAUCCCCACAGCUUUGGUCUCAAAUGUGGGCAGCUUCUGAAAAAGAGCCGGGGAGGGUGCCAGACCGGCAGUG